CAAAGAGGAAAAAAGUAAAGUUGAGUUAGGAGUCGACUCAUCUUCUCGCUUUCUCGUACGAUCGACUCUCCACCGAAUUGCUAUCCAGUUCCCGUCCCGCCGGCGACUGACAUUUUCAUUUGCAUUUCCUAUUUUUUCAAUCAAAUUACUUGAAACCGCUGAAUCGAGAUCCGCCAUGGAGUUCCGACUAUGAGAAAAUUUGUGAGCUUGAAGAAGUAAGACACGGUUUGAGAGCCACGUUAACGAUGCCUCGAGGAUUCUCUUUGUUGUAUCAACCACGAUGCCUCCUUCUCUUGAUCGUCUUUCUCAUUUUCCUUGUUUUCGCGCUCUUCACUCACAAUCAAAGGGAAGAGAAACAAGAAGAAGAGCCAGAAAUUACUCACAGGGUUUUCUUGGAUGUUGAUAUUGAAGAACAGAGAUUAGGUAGAAUCGUGAUUGGAUUAUAUGGGCAGGUUGUACCCAAAACCGUAGAAAAUUUCAGGGCUCUAUGCACAGGGGAGAAAGGUAAAACUACAAGUGGAAAAGCACUCCAUUAUAAAGGAACACCAUUCCACCGUAUCGUAUCUGGUUUCGUGAUUCAAGGUGGUGAUAUUUUAUAUGGGGAUGGAAAAGGAUAUGAAUCAAUUUAUGGUGGUACAUUUGCUGAUGAGAACUUCAGAAUAAAACAUUCACAUGCAGGUGUUGUCUCCAUGGUAAACUCAGGACCUGAUUCAAAUGGCUCACAAUUUUUCAUUACCACCAUUAAGUCCAGCUGGUUAGAUGGAGAGCACGUCGUCUUUGGCAAGGUUAUCCAAGGAAUGGACUACGUAUAUGCAAUUGAAGGCGGAGCAGGAACCUAUAGUGGGAAACCUAGAAAGAAGGUUACCAUUGCUGACAGUGGGGAGAUACCCAAGAGCAAGUGGGAUGAGGAAGCAUGAGCGUGGUUUUGCUAUUAACAACAGAAAAUUUUCGUUUAUUAAUUCUUUGUUCCUUCUAUGGUUUUCAAGUUUCUUUUGAUACGCCCCUAAUAUCUACUUGUAUGUAUAAACAAUAUUAUAGAAGUCAUGUUGAACCCAAGGUACAAGAGAUUUAGACUCUAUUAGAUGUAUGUAGCAUUCAUCAACCCAAGUUUUAUCAAGCGUAAGGUUUUGUAGUCCA